GUCCCUUAAACCGCCAUAUCCCCAAAUCUUUGUUUUUUAUUUUUGAACAAAUAUCCCCAAAUCUGAAAAUCCUAAAAUUAAUAUCCCCAAUUCCUAUUUCUUCUUUACCUAUUCCAUUCUCUCUGGCAAAUCGAGAAAGACCCGAGUGAUUCCCAAAAUGCUGAGGCACGUUUCCAAGAGGCUGCUCCAAGGGAUAUCGGCGUCACGGGAGGUUCAGUCACCGGCCGUUCAGCUCUUCCUGCCACGUCAGUACCACGAGAGGGUCGUCGACCACUACAACAAUCCCCGGAAUGUUGGAUCUUUCGAUAAGAAUGAUCCGACGGUGGGUACGGGCCUAGUUGGUGCACCUGCCUGUGGUGACGUCAUGAAGCUGCAGAUAAAGGUCGAUGAUCAGACCGGGAAGAUCGUUGAUGCUUGUUUCAAGACCUUCGGAUGUGGGUCGGCAAUUGCGUCUUCGUCUGUGGCUACUGAAUGGGUGAAGGGCAGACAAAUGGAGGAAGUUGUAACCAUAAAAAACUCGGAGAUCGCAAAACAUCUCUCACUCCCUCCAGUGAAGCUGCACUGCAGCAUGCUUGCUGAGGAUGCUAUCAAGGCAGCUGUCAAAGAUUAUGAAGCUAAACGAGUGAAGCCAGCAGCAGGUGCAGAGGCAGCACCCACUGAGAAAGCUGGCAAUGUUUGAUUGUUUCCCAUAUGGAGAUAAUGAUGAUCAAAAUUUCUUGUGUUAGGUUUUCAGUUUUCCGACUUCUUUCUUAUCUAGUACUACUAUUGAAUAACACAGGUUGUACCAUGUUGUAAUAGUUUCCGAGUACACUCUUUCUUGGAUGUAAAAGAUUAUUCUGGGGAUAAAAAGCCAGAAGCUUUUAUAGAUAUGUAAAUUAGAUACCGAGUGUUUGAAACGUUUC